AUGAAUGAGGGUGAUGUUCAAUUUGGAUACGGGCCUGCUUUCUAUAGGCUCUUGAUGCCGUUCUUCCAAUUGCCGUCAUUGCGUGGAUUUUCGGCCAACAAUCUCAUUGACCCAAGCUACCUAGUCGACGCGGAGAACAAUGAGCCCACGGGCUUCUCAACCAUCACGGACAUUGAUCUGCGCGAAAGCUGCGCAAAUGAUGGGAUGCAUACGCUUAUAUCCUCGUGUACAGCUCUCAAGUCUUUCAAAUAUCAGCACUCGGAUUUGCCCCUUGAAUCCAUAGGGUAUCGACCAGAUAGGCUUUACCAUGCCUUAAGCCGGCACAAAGAAACCCUGGAGGUAUUAUGGUUAGAUCACCAUGGAACGCAUUACUCUUACACUGCGGGUGGAUUGAACCAAACCCGCGAAUCAUGGAUCGGGUCUUUAGCAGAUUUUACUGCCCUUCAGGAACUCCGUAUUCCAUUGCACAAUCUCCUUGACAUCCAACAUAAAAGCUCCCCGACCACGCCCCUCUUUGAUUGUCUUCCUCCGUCGCUGGAAUCACUAUACAUAGAAGGCUGCAAAGAGCAUCAGUUCUCCAUGUUGGUCUUACAGCUCGAUGCGGUGUUUAUGAAUGGUGAUAUUCGAUUUCCCAACCUCCAACGUGUGGAAGUUGAAGGGAACUUUCUGGAUGCCUCACUUUAUUCGGGAAAGAUUGACCCUUCGACACCGGAAACACCCGGGCCAGCUGUUAGUAGCCACAUUCUGCUAGCUGCCAAAACACUGCAGAGGGGCUGUGACGCAGCUGGUGUCGACCUACACAUUUAUCAUCACGAUGGACCUCAACAUCAGAUCAUCUCGAGGGAGAGUUGA